AUGAUUGUACUAUUAAAUAGUACUAAUCUAAAAUUUUUAGCAAUUCUUAUUGAUUGUCUUCAUAUGUUAGCAUAUAAUAAUGAAGAAGUUAAAUUAAUUAUUGAAGCAAGUAAUGCUCCUCAACAGUUAUUAAAUAUAUUAGAUAGAACUAACUAUGAAAAACUUAUAUGGACAAUAACACGUUUACUUCGUGUUUUAUCAACAUGUUCAUCAUUAAAAAUCAUGUUAGUAUCAAAAAAUACAGUACAAAUUUUAGAAAAACAAUUAUAUCAACCAAUAA